UGAUUCAAAGCGCCUAUUGUUUGCACCCUAAGCUUAUGACCUCUUAUUAAACGCUCAUUUAUCUGAACUAUCACCCACCCACUGUCUUACCUUUGUCACCUGGCCACGUUUCACUUAAUCAUUCACUCUCUGCCAUGUUCUCAGGACUUAAAGCCAAAGACCAGAGCUACGAACUCGUUGAUAAUCCUGCGAACUUAGGCCCAGAUAUUGAACUGAGCGCACCAGGCCCCUCAGACCCUGAUGACAUGUCUACUACAUCAAUCGUUCUUGAACGCAUAAACGCCGCAGCGGAUCAGACCGGCGCUGAGGACUUUCGCACACGUAAUGCAGAGUUUCUGGAUUCAGACCGUGAAUACAUCAACAACCUCUACGGGAAGCAGCGUGUGGUACCGCGCAAAUACCUCAUCUGGACGGUGGCUGUCUUCGCGGUUCUCUGGGCCAUGUCUUUAUUUGCCUAUCUGAGCGGCCCGUUGAACCACGAUGACUUCAAACCAACUAAUGGAACCAGUGUAAAGCCUGGUGCACACUUGAAAGGCUUGAAGCCAUAUACGAUGUCAGAUUACCUCGUGGGCGCGUUAUUCCCCUAUGGCAGCUCGUACGACUUUGUUCCGCCGCAAGGACACCUCGACACUAACGAUGACGAAGGUUUGCAUUCCAUGCUCUUAAGGAAUAGUAUUGUGGUGCGGAAGGUGGCGAACGACACGUUUGAGCUGAUAUUGUUGGAGGACCGCUUUGUAUUGCAUAACGGGGUCCUGUACUAUCUCAGUACGGUGGCUCCGUUGUACGACCUCUCCAAGAUGAUUUUGGGAUCGUCGAAGAUCCCCAUGUGGAGACACUCUUCCAACGCCAAGUAUUUUCUUAUGGAUAUUGCGUCUAAGAAGGUCACCCCUAUCCAGUACCAGAAGGAGGGUGAUCCAAGAGAGAUCAGUUUCGCCAAGUGGUCCUCACUGGGAAAAUACAUCUCGUUUGUGCAAGACAACAACAUUUACAUUAUGGAUGCCACAACGGGUGAGGUCACGCCUGUGACCAGUGACGGCACGCUCAAUAUCAUCAACGGGAAACCGGACUGGGUAUACGAAGAAGAAGUCCUUGCCCAGGAAUCUGCGCUUUGGUGGUCUCCGGACGAUACCACACUCACAUUCUUGAAGACAAACGACACCAAUGUCCCAAUCUACGACUUGGAUUACUACAUCCGGGCCGGUCAGUACCCCGAACACUUACCGUUGAAGUACCCGAAACCUGGAUAUUCCAACCCGAUUGUGAGUGUCCUCAACUACGACCUUGCCUCUGGGAAGAGCUCGGCCGUAUCGGCUCCGGAUCUUGGUGAAGAUUUUGUGGUUUACAGCGUUCAAUGGAUUGACGCCCAGCACUUGAUGCUCAAACAGACCGAUCGCACCAGUAGCACGAUGAUGGUGCGGGUGUACGACGCCGCUACGCAUCAAACAACAACCACUCGUACCUUUGAUGGUGUAGAAAAGCGCACCUGGACCGAAAAGGCCGAGCCAGUGUUGUUGGUGCCACGCCACAAUGUCACUGGUUACGUGGACUUAGUUAUUGUGGACGACUUUCCGCACUUGGCCUACUUUCCCAAUGCGACCGCCACGCAGCCGGUGAUGUUGACUAGCGGAAAGUGGGAGGUACCGGAAAACGCGUUCGCCUACGACUCCACCACGCAGCUCGUCUAUUUCAAGAGCCCGAAGAAUGGGGUCAUGGAGUUGAAGAUUGCCAGUGUGAAUGUCACAGGGGAUGCGUCGCAGUCGGUGGUGUACGUAACCCCAGACGAGGGUCACUACUCUGCUUCCGCCAGUCAUGGUGGCCGCUUUCUCCACGCUAAGAACGAGGGACCGGAUGUUCCGCAUGAGUAUGUAAUGGAUACCUUGCUCCAUGCGUCACUAAAGGAGGCUAAAGCCUUGCCAUCUCGUACUGACCUCCUCCCUCGUAUGAAAGAGUUUGCUCUCCCAACGAAGAACUACUACGAGGUAGAACUAGAUGAGACGAUGUCGGACGGAAGUCCUGUCACACUCAGUGUGAUGGAGAUCCUUCCGCCUAACUUUGACGCCUCAAAGAAGUAUCCGUUGCUUGCAUCCUACUAUGCCGGUCCUGGAUCCAAGAAUUUGUUCAAGAAAUUUGAAUACGGGUUCAACGAAGCCGUUUCGUCCUCCAUGGAUGCUGUGGUGUUGUAUAUCGAGCCACGGGGGACCGGGGCGAAGGGCUACGAAUUCCGCCGUUUUGCGUACGACCGUAUUGGCCACUACGAGCCCCGGGACAUUACCACUGUAGCCCAAAAGUGGAUCGCAAAGGGGUUCAUCGAUGUCUCCAAGACGGCCUGUUGGGGCUGGUCAUACGGUGGCUUCACCACUUUGAAGGUGCUUGAGUAUGACGGGGGCAGGACGUUCAAGUAUGGCAUGGCGGUGGCUCCGGUCACCGAUUGGAGGUUCUAUGACUCCAUUUACACCGAGCGUUACAUGCAUUUGCCCAUCGAUAACCAGGUGGGCUACCUGGACGUGUCGGUAGUGAAAAAUAUGACGGGCUUCGCGAACGUCACACGCUUCCUUGUGAUGCACGGGACCGCAGAUGACAAUGUUCAUUUGCAGAACACGAUGGUGCUUUUGGACAAGUUUGACACUGCUGGUUUGGACAACUACGACAUGCAUGUGUUCCCAGACUCUAACCACAGUAUCUACUUCCACAACGGCCAGAAAAUGGUUUGGGAGCGUUUGACCCACUGGUUGACCCAGGCUUUUGGAGGUAAGUUUGAGACGUUUUAGUAAGUUUGUGUGAACCGGGGGAAAUGGAUAAGAAUAAGAUUCGUAUGUAAAACUGUUGUGACUAUAGUACGGAGAAUAGAUAUAAGUUACUGUAUGAACUUGACUCAGGGUUAGACUAAGAACGGAGAAUGCAAC